AUGGACAACAAUCGAGGAGGUCGUCAAGCAACCGCUGAGGAACAUGGGAUCAAGCUCAUGAAGCAGGAGUUAGCGUAUGACAUGUCCCAAGAUAUUGUGGCAGCGCUGCAAUGUUUGAAUGAAUCCCCAGGCGGAAGCACAUGUACCAUCUUCAGAACCCCUGAGGCGAUUGGAGGAGGUAUUGCCAAGGCAUGCCGGCCUCGCAUCGUCUCUAUUGGCCCAUACCACCAUGGGGAGCAGCAGUUGCAGAUGCUUCAGAAGCACAAGUGGAGAUACCUCCACACCAUGCUGGACCAAACUCAACCGCACAGUGUCGGCCUCGAGGACCUCAUCAAUACAGUGGCACUGAAAGUGGAAAUGAUCCGGCAGUGCUAUUCGGAGAGCACUGAGUGUUUCAACGGACCUGAUCUUGUGAAAAUGAUGGUUGUUGAUGGAUGCUUCAUCAUUCAGUUUCUCCGUCAAAUCGCAGGGGUCAUGGCAAGAGACAGACAUAUGGAUCCCCCAUUAAAUAAUUCAUACGUGUUGUAUUCCGUUGCACGGGACCUUCUUCAGCUUGAGAACCAGGUCCCAUACUUUGUUCUCGAGGAUUUGUUUGAAACAACGAAUGUUCCAGAAGCAACGUGGUCCUUGGCCAAUCUUGCCUCCUAUUUCUUCAGCUGUUUCGAUUUAGGACCCGGCUAUGUCUUGGAAAGACAGAUCAAUAAAAAGAAGUGCAUUUACUCGAUUCAUUUCGUCUGA